UUUCCAGUCUAGGGCUUUAAGUUCUCUCUUCUUCUUCUUUUGCGUUUUUUUGUCUUUUUGGAAAUAAUGAGGAAAUGCCGAGGAAUUGGAGGAUGUUUCCUAAAGUCCAAACAGACCAAGAAAAGUCCAUAAUCUCAGACUCCUAACUAUCUGUAUUUUUGUUCUUUAUUUUUAUAGUUAGGAACCAUUGUAUACAUAUAUGCUCAAGUUAGGCAAACUCUAAAAAUGUCAUAUAAUGCACCAGAAAUGAGAAGAAUUAGCUCUAAAAAAAUGAGAGAUAUCAGAAAAUACAAGAAAUCUUUAGCUCCACGUCUAAGAUGGACUCCACAACUUCAUGAGCUCUUCAUUCAAUCUGUUGAAAGCCUUGGUGGAAGAAACAAAGCAACUCCAAAGAGAGUUCUGCAGAUGAUGGCCAUAAAGGGAUUGAAGAUUUCUCAUGUUAAGAGCCAUCUCCAGAUGUAUAGAAACAUGAAGGAGCACCCCAGCCUCCAUGUUGUGAUGCCAGAUUUCAAUUUGUCUUCGACACUGCUUGUGUCUAAAAGAUCGAGUAGAAAGCAGAAUGAAUCUGGAAGCCAAUUCUGUUGCAAAGAAAGAAAUUCAUCUGAAAACAAUGGUGAAAAUAUUCAUUACAAUGACUUCCAGGAAGCAGAAGGAAGUAUAAGUAGUGGAAUGACAAAGGAGGAAGAACAAUACUGUGAAAAGGAGAUAAAUUUUUGGCCUGUGGAUAAUCAUAAAUAUUUUGACCCUACUAUGGAAAACACUCACAUUAACCUAGAUUUAUCUCUCUCUUAAUUCCUUUUUUUUUUUCUAUUGUUAAUUAUGUGAGUAUAGAGUAGACCCCUAGCUAGUAGGCCAUUCUUCUUAUGCUUAUGUACAUUGUAUUUGUGAUAAGAAUAAUAGAACUAUAUAUGCAUAUUUAGGUACCAAUUAACUAGUUCUUGACCAUGUGAACAAAGAGAUUCUAGUGGAUAUAACUAAGAUUCUCGUUAUUUUUUAGUUUC